AGAAUUUGGCCUUGAUUUGGCACAUUGGAGCUGGCUCAUUAAUUAGUUAUGCAUAAUGUGCGGCACGGCCUCCCUCCAUUAAACACAAACACACACAGUCCCCUCCACCAUCCACUUGACUGCCUCAAACAUUUCAUGUUUGCUGAGUGACAUGAGUGGUGGAGACAGUGUGAAGAAGGCAGGAGGAGACUCGGGUCUGCUCCUGAUGUUCAAACGGGGACACUAGCAUUUUCGGCAUCUCCUCUGCCAGGCUGAACACAAUCUCCGAUUUCAAAAGGGUGUUGUGUUGUACCCACACACAUCAACACUCAAUCGCUGCUUUGGCGUCGAUUCAGGAUGCAGUCUCUCCUCAGUUUGCAGUCUCUCCUCAGUCUGCUGCUGGGAUUUGUGAUCUUCGUCGCCUCAGCGGAGUGGAGGCGUCCAGUGAUCAGGCUCAACUCAAAAGUGGUGUCAGGUCCUGAGGUGGUGGUCAAAUCAGGCACCCCACUGGAUCUAAGAUGCGAAGGUGAUGCACCUGUGAACUUGCAACCCAGGCUGGCCAAACACAAACGUUACAUGUCCAAGGGGAGAGGAAAUGUCUCCAUUUUAAAGGUGGAGCGUCCCUCGGCUGAAUUCACUGGGACCUACAGGUGUUCUUACAAAGGCGGGACCCAGCAUCGUAAUGUGACCUCAUCAGUGCAUGUGUUUGUAAAAGAUCCCAGCCGUGUCUUCUGGACCAGCAGCACCUUGCUGAGGGUUGUUAAAAAAGAGGGUGAGGUUUACUUGCUACGCUGCCUUCUGACUGAUCCAAGUGCCACAGACAUGAGUCUCCGCAUGGACAACGGCACCAGCGUUCCCCCUGGGAUGAACUUCACAGUAUACCGCCACCGUGGUAUUCUCAUCCACAGCCUCCACCCCAGCUUCAACGCUGACUACGUAUGCACAGCCAAGGUCAACGGAGUAGAGCGCACCUCCAAAGCCUUCUCCAUUAACGUCAUUCAGAAGCUCCGCUUCCCUCCGUAUGUGUUUUUGGAGAAGGAUGAAUACAUACGAAUUGUUGGGGAGGAACUCAAGAUCUGUUGUACUACACACAAUCCUAACUUCAACUACAAUGUCACCUGGAUGUACACCACCAAAUCAAAACCCACCAUAGAAGAGAAGGUUCACUCCAGUGGAGAAAACCGUCUGGACAUACAAAGCAUUCUAACCAUCCCUGCCGUGGACCUUGCAGACACGAGCAACAUUUCCUGCAUGGGCACUAAUGAAGCAGGGGUGAACAGUUCGACGACAUACUUGCUGGUUGUAGAAAAGCCAUACAUCCGACUGUUGCCCCAGCUCUCCCCAAAGCUGGCCCACAAGGGUCUUGCAAUUGAAGUGAAUGAGGGAGAAGAUCUGGAGCUCACGGUGCUCAUUGAGGCGUACCCUCAUAUUGUGGAACACAGCUGGCAAACGCCAACAUCUUCCAGUGCGUCCACACAGGAAAACAAGCUCAUUCGGUAUAACAACAGAUACCACGCUACAUUGCAACUAAAGAGAAUGAAUGCACAGGAGCAAGGCCAGUACACCUUCAAUGCUAGGAGCGACUUGGCCAACGCCUCCAUCACAUUCCAAGUUCAGAUGUAUCAGAGACCGGUCGCCAUGGUGAGAUGGGAAAAUGUGACCACUCUGACGUGCACGUCCUUUGGUUAUCCCGCCCCGAGAAUCGUCUGGUACCAAUGUUUUGGAAUACGCCCAACGUGCAACGAAAACAAUACCGGGCUGCAGAUGGCCACCCUCCUACAAGCUCAAACAGUGGAGCUUCAGAGAGAGGAGUACGGGGCGGUGGCGGUGGAGAGUGUUCUGACCGUGGGACCAUCCAGCCGAAGGAUGACAGUCGAGUGUGUGGCCUUUAACCUCGUUGGAGUCAGCAGCGACACAUUUGCCAUGGAUGUUUCUGACAAACUUUUCACCUCCACCUUGACCGGAUCAGCAGGCAUUCUGUCCAUCCUCCUUCUGCUUCUGGUUUUUCUGUUUUACAAAUAUAAGCAGAAACCCAGGUAUGAGAUCCGUUGGAAGAUCAUUGAGGCAAGAGAUGGAAACAACUACACAUUUAUUGACCCCACACAACUGCCCUACAAUGAUAAAUGGGAGUUCCCACGGGACAAACUGAAGUUAGGAAAGAUUUUGGGUGCCGGAGCUUUUGGAAAAGUUUUGGAGGCGACAGCCAUCGGUCUGGGAGAGCAAGACAAUGUGAUGCGUGUGGCUGUGAAAAUGUUAAAAGCCAGCGCUCAUUCUGACGAGAGUGAAGCUCUGAUGUCAGAGCUGAAGAUCCUGAGUCACUUGGGACAUCACAAGAACAUUGUCAAUCUACUGGGGGCCUGCACCUAUGGAGGACCCGUGCUUGUAAUCACAGAGUACUGCAGCCUCGGGGACCUAUUGAACUUCCUCCGCCAGAAGGCUGAAACUUUCAUGAGCUUUGUAAUCAACCAAACGGAGAACGCUAACGACUAUAAAAACAUCUGCAAUCAGAAAAGUUUUAUAAGAAGUGACAGUGGGAUCUCUAGUGAGUCGUCGAGCAGCUACUUGGAGAUGAGACCGUGUCAGCUGCCAAACAGCAAGCCAUUACAAAAUGCAGCGUGUGAGGAAAAUGGAGAAUGGCCGUUGGACUUGGAUGACAUGUUGAGGUUUUCCUAUCAAGUGGCUCAAGGCUUGGACUUUUUGGCUGCUAAAAAUUGCAUUCACAGAGACGUGGCUGCUCGAAACGUUCUCCUGACAGACCAUAGAGUAGCCAAGAUUUGUGACUUUGGCCUGGCGCGAGACAUCAUGAACGACUCCAACUACGUGGUGAAGGGCAACGCCCGUUUGCCAGUGAAGUGGAUGGCUCCAGAGAGCAUUUUUGACUGCGUAUACACUGUCCAAAGUGACGUCUGGUCCUAUGGAAUCCUCCUGUGGGAGAUCUUUUCUCUGGGCAAGAGCCCUUACCCCAGCAUGGCUGUGGACUCCAGAUUCUACAAGAUGGUGAAGCGAGGCUACCAGAUGAGUCAGCCAGACUUUGCCCCUCCCGAGAUCUAUGAUAUUAUGAAGAUGUGCUGGAAUCUGGAGCCCACCAAGCGCCCCACUUUCAGCAAGAUCAGUCAGAUGAUACAAAGACAGCUUGUUGAACAAGCAGAACAAGAACAGCUAAUUUACCAGAAUGUGAAUCAGCAAGAGCAGCGGCAGCAGCAACAGCAGCCUGAGCCGCGGCAGCAGGUCACAGAGGCUGAAUUGAGCGAGGAAUGUGACCCGCCAAAGUGCUGCGAUGGCCCCUGUGAGCAGUCUUGUGACCCCGAGGAGGAGGAGCGGCCUUUGAUGAAGACCAACAACUAUCAGUUUUGUUGAAAAUGCUUGACGAACGGAGGUAAACGGCAUCUGUGACUUCCGCCCUUGUCUACAGAAACAUCAAACUUCUAGGCAUGACUGCAGGAAACAAGAUUUAAUGCUUCCUCACAGACUGUUUUAGUGCUAGCCAUGUAGCAAUCGCCCAACUCCAAUCCAGAGAUGUUUAUAAAAAUGGUAUUGUACACCCCGGUAUAUUUUCCCUCAGGAGUGAACGUUUAUCUAUUUUUGUUUGAUUCCGCGAUGACCUCACGCAGACAGCCGAAAGCUAACAAACGACAACUGUGUAAGUAGUGCUGUAGACAAGCUCGGUUUUCUUCUCUAAUCACUUUAAUUGAUCUGCCUGUUUUUUUUCUACUGCGUGCCAAAUGGACUAUGAAGGAGGCAAAGAAUGACGUUGUUGUUUUUGCCCUCCACGCUUUGGUAAUAGUCGGAGCUCUUGUGACACCAUUACAGUCACCGUGGCUUGUUGGCACCAUGUGAUCGCCCCACUCGUCAAAUCCAUUCUCCACAGGUUCGGGAGCGUAUAGGUUCAACGCGAUACAUCUGAACUGCAAUGGCCCCCAAUGGAUACAAGAGAUGAAUGCUGUUUUAUGUUUGACAUUGUGAAUGUUUUUUGAGUGAUUUUCAGAGUUUUCCAUGCCUUUUCAUUCCGUAGAAUCUUGACUUUUGACCACAUGUAGCAAUCAGCCUACACUGCCAACCGUAUGAAGUAACAUAAAAGCUGUGAGAGAUGUGCCACAUGCGGCAUCCAAAUGAGAGAGAUUUCUUUUUAUGUAAAUAUAUAACUCCUGAUGUAUAUCAAGAAGUAGCUUUAUUUGAGCAUUUAGCAGCGGUUGUGGAUAUUGUAGUGAAUGCACAGUUAGAUGUGAGACAAUUGUCAAUUAUAAUAAAAGCUUUACAAUGAAACUC